AGUAUAUUCCUACAGAACUCAAAUGAGAGGUGCAAUUACCUUCAAGGCAUCCUUGGGUUCUUUUAUCACUCGACCUCGGUCCCAGAGAAAGUCAUCGAAACACUUGCUCAUGCCGGUCUGUCCAUCAGCAUUUCUUCAAUCCACACAUUUGCGUGGCAUGUUCGGGAGAUCCUAGUCCACCAUGGCCGACAUUUUCGACAUUUUGAGAAGGAGUUGUGCGAGCCAGCACCGGUGGACCGCAUACCCUUGCACAAGACUGAGCAGGUACCUUGCUGGGCCAUGAACAUCAAACAGUCAACAACAGAUGGAAACAUUGAAGUGAUGGAAAACUUACUUCGUCAAGGGGGGAUUGGAGAUCAAAAUAGCGAUGACUUCAACAAGGACCAUGACAUAGACAUGUCAGAUCACGUACUCCUUGUCCAUGGUGACCUUUUGACAAAGGAAAGGCUGGACACUGUUGGCAACAGCAGGAGAAUUGAAAUGACACCAAAAAACCGCUUACAAUAUGUUGUUUUUCUUCCUGGGUUUUUCCAUUACAAGAUGGCAUGUGCGGAUGCGCUCUGGCGUAUAUAUCUUCAGCCAAAGGAAGGCAGAGAUGAUGAGAAUAGUCUGUUCCAGUCAGUGAGGUACUUGCGACCAGAUGAAACCAAGAAGAUGGUUACCAAGCCUGGAUUUCGACGUAUGCAUGAAGUCAUACAUCACGACCUUCAAGCAUCAAUGCUUGACUGCUGGCGACUUGAAGCGCAGAGCCAAAACCGCGAGUGGACGACCCUGGAAUUGUUCACAGCUUCGAAACCAUCCUGGGAUACUAUUGUAAGUAUAUCACACACGAUCGUGGAGAAGUAUGUUGCACGCACAGAUACACUCGACCACACACAUGAGAAGCCCAAGGAACAAUGGGACAGGCAUUUUGAAAACCAAGUCCUUCGAAAUCGAGACAGAUUGCUGUACGUUGACCUAUGUCAAGCAAUGAAUGCCGGAGAUAUUGGUCGAGUGGAGGCUUCGUUUCUGCCAUGGAUAUACCUGUUCAAGGCCACAGGGAAGCAUAAAUAUGCGAUACAGAUCCUGCACUUCCUGACCAACCUUCGAUAUAACUACCCCAUCGAGCUGAGAAACAUAAUCCGGAUGAACUUAUUAUGUAAUCCGAUGGGAAAACCCUUGUCCUUCUGUCCAGUUGACUGGUUGGUAGAGAGAAACAACUUGUAUACAAAAGUUAUAUUUGCUGGAACAGGACCCAAUCGCACAAUCAAUCACAUUAUCAAGCAGUCGCCUCUUAUUGAAGUCUAUCGUAACUGUCAUGUCACUGUGGAGAACACAUUCCAUUUAACUCAUUGCACUGUU